AUGUCGGGAACUGCCCCAGUCACCGUGCCCGUUACUGAGCCUCGCCGGGAGAGGAGGCCAUCGGUUGGAGCUCCAAUUGCCGACCUCCAGGGCCCUGUCGGCCCGGGUUUCAGUCGCCCCAAGCACAAACGUACCUUUACUGGUCUGGGGCCUGCCGAGAUCAAGAAUGUCGAGGCGAGCAUUCCAGAGCCACUCCGUGAGGCCUGGCGGAAGCACUCGGCCUCGGAGUUCACGAACAAAGAAGAAUUCGAGACUGAACUUGUCCGCCACAUUGAAACGACCCUAGCUCGUUCGCUGUACAACUGUGAUGAAUUGGCCGCCUAUUCGGGUACUGCCCUUGCUUUCCGAGACCGGUUAAUCAUCGAGUGGAACAAGACCCAGCAGCGCCAAACCUUCACGGAUCAGAAGCGGGUCUACUACUUGUCCCUCGAGUUCCUCAUGGGACGUGCUCUGGACAAUGCCAUGCUCAAUGUGGGCAUGAAAGAGGCGGCUCGCGAGGGUCUCAAAGAUCUCGGCUUCCGUAUUGAGGAUGUCAUCAACCAAGAGCACGAUGCGGCCUUGGGUAAUGGUGGCCUCGGCCGUCUGGCAGCAUGCUUCUUGGAUAGUAUGGCGACACUGAACUACCCUGCAUGGGGUUAUGGAUUGCGCUACCGCUAUGGUAUCUUCAAGCAAGAGAUCAUCAAUGGAUACCAAGUGGAAAUUCCAGACUACUGGCUCGACAACAACCCUUGGGAAUUCCCCCGACACGAGAUUACAGUCGACAUUCAAUUCUAUGGUAAUGUGAAGAAGAUCCAAGACGAAAAUGGCAAGAUCACACAUUCGUGGGAAGAUGGCGAGGUUGUUCAAGCCACUGCCUAUGACGUUCCCAUCCCCGGAUAUGGUACGAAGACCACCAACAACCUUCGCUUAUGGUCUAGUAAGGCCAGCAGUGGCGAGUUUGACUUCCAGAAGUUCAACGCGGGAGACUACGAGAGCGCGGUGGCGGACCAGCAGAACGCCGAGACCAUCUCGGCGGUUCUCUACCCGAACGAUAAUCUCGAGCGAGGCAAAGAACUCCGCCUGAAGCAGCAAUACUUCUGGUGUGCUGCCUCCUUGUUCGACAUCGUUCGGAGGUUCAAGAAGACUAAGCGGGCUUGGAGCGAGUUCCCUGAACAAAUUGCCAUUCAGCUCAACGAUACCCACCCAACUCUUGCAAUUGUUGAGUUGCAGCGUAUUCUGAUUGACAAGGAGGGUCUCGAGUGGGAUGAGGCAUGGGGGAUUGUGACCAAGACAUUCAGUUACACCAACCACACUGUUCUUCCCGAGGCGCUGGAGAAAUGGUCGGUUCCACUGAUGCAGAACCUGCUUCCACGUCACUUGCAGAUUAUCUAUGAGAUUAACCUGUUCUUCCUGCAAUCUGUCGAGAAGCGGUUCCCCAAAGACCGAGACAUCCUGUCCCGUGUCUCCAUUAUUGAGGAAUCGCAUCCCAAGAUGGUUCGCAUGGCAUAUCUUGCCAUCAUUGGAUCCCACAAGGUCAACGGAGUGGCAGAGCUACACUCUGAUCUGCUCAAGACUACUCUCUUCAAAGACUUUGUGGAAAUCUAUGGACCCGACCGUUUCAUGAACGUGACUAAUGGUAUCACGCCUAGGCGUUGGCUCCACCAAGCCAACCCACGCUUGUCUGCGUUGAUUGCAGAGAAGCUUGGAGGGUACGACUUCCUGAAGGAUCUCACACUUUUGGACAAGAUCGAGGCAUUCGUAGAUGACAAGGCAUUCCGCGAAGAGUGGUCGACCAUCAAGCGGGAGAACAAGCUGCGUCUUGCCAAGCACAUCAAGAGCACCACUGGGUUCGAUGUCAAUCCUAAUGCUCUCUUUGAUGUACAGGUCAAGAGAAUCCACGAGUACAAGCGCCAACAGCUCAACAUCUUUGGAGUUAUCCACCGCUACCUGAGCAUCAAGGCCAUGUCCGCCGAAGAGAAGAAGAAGGUGGUUCCUCGUGUUCAAAUCUUCGGUGGUAAGGCUGCUCCAGGAUAUUGGAUGGCAAAGACAAUCAUCCACCUCAUCAACAAGGUGGCCGAGGUUGUCAACAAGGACCCGGAAGUUGGCGAUCUUUUGAAAGUUAUCUUCAUUGAGGACUACAAUGUCAGCAAGGCGGAAAUCAUCUGUCCCGCCUCGGAUAUCAGCGAGCACAUCUCAACUGCCGGAACCGAGGGCAGUGGUACAAGUAACAUGAAGUUCGUUCUGAACGGCGGUUUGAUCAUCGGAACCUGCGACGGAGCAAAUAUCGAAAUCACCCGUGAAAUCGGCGAGCAGAACAUCUUCCUCUUCGGCAACCUUGCCGAAGACGUCGAGGAUCUCCGCCACCGUCAUUUCUACGGUGAUUUCAAGAUAGAUCCACAGCUGGAGCGCGUCUUCGACGCCAUCAAGAGCAAUACCUUCGGCGACAAGGGCGACUUCUCCGCCUUAACAGCCUCAAUUGAAGAGCACGGUGAUUACUACCUUGUCUCGGACGAUUUCAACUCCUACAUCACCACGCACGACAUGGUUGAUGAGGCCUUCCAGAACCAGGAGGAGUGGCUGGCCAAGUCAAUUACUUCUGUUGCGCGCAUGGGAUUCUUCUCCAUGGAUCGCGUCACUAACGAAUACGCUGAUAGCAUCUGGAACGUUGAGCCUCUUCCUGUCAGGGACUAG